UGAGAUCACGACCUGAGCCAAAGUCAGACACUCAACUGACUGAGCCACCAAGGCGCCCCAAAACCAUACAUAUUUUAAAGGAUUUAGUUGUGUUAGAAAUUUUCAGGAACCAAAAGAAGCAGGUAGGCCUUAAGGGCCGAAGCCUACAUGUAAUAGUUCGGUGUAACAUCUUGGUUUUUAAAAUCAUCUUUAAAUAAUAUGCCUUGGAUUUUCUUUCUCCUUUGGCCUUAUUUUAUCCUGGUCUACUUCUAUGAGGUCUUCAUGGCACUUCCCAGUUUAACCCAACCUAACCUCUGUAUUUCUUUGUUGCUUGGUUUGAAAGAAUCUCCUCAGGGAACCUCAGCUGAAGGUCAUAUAUUCCAGCCCUUUUCAGAUUCCUGAAUCCUGUCUGGGGGGAAAGAAGGGGAGACAGGUUGCUAUUUCAGUUUUUGUGGUCUCUGAGACUGCCAUUUGCACAUCCACAUUUGGGGAAUCUGCAUUUUAGAAUUUUGCCUGUUUGACGUCUGGAGGCCCUGGGAUGCUAAUGCAUACCCAUUGUGGGUAGAAUAGUGAUCUUCAUCUACCAAGUAGAAGGCUCAUUUUGUUCCAGAAAGAAGUUGAAAGUGGGGCCCAACCAUGUCACUACAGCCAACUGGGCCUUUUCACCCUGUGCUUGGGUAUGGGACCCGUGGCUCUGCCUGAGAGGUGUGGGUCAGGGUCUGUGAGCUAGGGCCGGUGGUGUACCAUGAGGCUCCUGGCUGUUCUGGAGCAUCCAGGGACUAUGUCUGUUCGGACACUGACUGUGACUCCUGGCCGAGUUUGAAAACCCUGCUGUGUUACUCUGUUCCUUUCCCUCACCAUAAAGUCGCACUUCCAUGCAGGAGGGAUGCCCGUGGUCGAGGGACUGGAGGCACUGGAAGGGCAAGUCUAAAUGGGCUUGUGCAGCGGAGUGGCCAAGCCUUGGCUCAGAUGGGCGAAGCCCCGCCCAUAAUAUCCAAGCACCGACCAAGUGGCUUUGACUUGAACUAAGUCAGCGUAUACUGAAGUCCCCAAGACACUUUCUCCUUGGCUGCAGUCAGAACGGAGCCAUGCGCAGCCUGGGCCCUUUGCCCCUACCGGCGGAUAAGCCCUUUGACCUGGUCGUUCUUUGUAUUCCUUCUGGCCACUGUUUUUCCUAACGAGGUCAGAGGAUGCUUCUGUGUGGCUGCCCAGCACGUCGCAGAGGUCCAUACUUGUGUCCAUGAAGUGCACUCUGUGCUCUGGCAGGAAUCACCAUCGCUACCGCAGGACCCCCUUUGCAACUUAACCACUCUAGCUGUGGCUGCCUCAACCAAAAGGAAAGGGCCCAGCGCGGAUGAAAUGCUGUCCGGAGAAACAGGCGCACGGCGAGUGCGCAAUCUUUACUCCAGCGCGCCCAGGGCUGGCGCUGGGGCUUUCCUGUCGGGAUGGAAGCUAGAACCGCCCUCCCCAGAGCCUCCCUGGGAGGGAAGUAAAACCAAGACGUCCCGCCCCGUACCCAAAACGUUACAACCACACAGUUUCGAUCCAUCUCUCCGCUUCCUGACCCUAGAGGGUUAAAUCAGGAGGGUACAACGCCACCCCUUCCUCCUACUUCCCGCCUCCCCCCUCCACCCCCUUACCUUUAAAAAGUUAAAAAAUGUCUGCAGUUGAAAUCUCUUAAAGGGGCGGUGCUGGUGAACGAGUACUCUUGGCACGAGUCGCUGAGAAGGCUGGCUAGGGGCGUGAGUUCGCUCCACCAGCACCAAAACACUGAAAAAAAAAGAGAGAGAGAGAGAAAGAGAGCAAGAGAGGGGGGAAAAAAGGAAAGGAAAAAAAAACGGGGGGGGGGGGAGGCAGACAGACACACACUUUAGAUAAGGACAAUUAGUCACCAGUGAGACCCUGUAGGAAGAGAGGUUUAAAUCAGAGGGAUUUAAUGAGGGUGCUCUGUGCCUUCCCUGAAGCCAUGCCCUCUAGCAACUCCCGCCCCCCCUCGUGCCUAGCCCCGGUGGCUCUCUUCUUGGCUCUGUUGCUCCAUCUCUCCCUUUCCUCCCAAGCUGGAGACAGGAGACCCUUGCCUGUAGACAGAGCUCCAGGUUUGAAGGAAAAGACCCUGAUUCUACUUGAUGUGAGCACCAAGAACCCAGUCAGGACAGUCAAUGAGAACUUCCUCUCUCUGCAGCUGGAUCCGUCCAUCAUUCAUGAUGGCUGGCUCGAUUUCUUAAGCUCCAAGCGUCUGGUGACCCUGGCUCGGGGACUUUCGCCCGCCUUCCUGCGCUUCGGGGGCAAAAGGACCGACUUCCUGCAGUUCCAGAACCUGAGGAACCCGGCGAAAAGCCGCGGGGGCCCCGGCCCGGAUUACUAUCUCAAAAACUAUGAGGAUGACAUUGUUCGAAGUGAUGUUGCCUUGGAUAAACAGAAAGGCUGCAAGAUUGCUCAGCACCCUGAUAUUAUGCUGGAGCUCCAGCGGGAGAAGGCAGCUCAAAUGCAUCUUGUUCUUCUAAAGGAGCAAUUCUCUAAUACUUACAGUAAUCUCAUAUUAACAGCCAGGUCUCUAGACAAACUUUAUAACUUUGCUGAUUGCUCUGGACUCCACCUGAUAUUUGCUCUAAAUGCACUGCGUCGUAAUCCAAAUAACUCCUGGAACAGUUCUAGUGCCCUGAGUCUGUUGAAGUACAGUGCCAGCAAAAAGUACAACAUAUCUUGGGAACUGGGUAAUGAGCCGAAUAACUAUCGAACCAUGCAUGGCCGGGCAGUAAAUGGCAGCCAGUUGGGAAAGGAUUACAUCCAGCUGAAGAGCCUGUUGCAGCCCAUCCGGAUUUACUCCAGAGCCAGCUUGUAUGGCCCUAAUAUUGGGCGGCCCAGGAAGAACGUCAUUGCCCUCCUAGAUGGAUUCAUGAAGGUGGCAGGAAGCACAGUGGAUGCAGUUACCUGGCAACAUUGCUACAUUGAUGGCCGGGUGGUCAAGGUGAUGGACUUCCUGAAAACUCGCCUGUUAGACACACUCUCUGACCAGAUUAGGAAAAUUCAGAAAGUGGUUAAUACAUACACCCCAGGAAAGAAGAUUUGGCUUGAAGGUGUGGUGACCACCUCAGCUGGAGGCACAAACAAUCUAUCAGAUUCCUAUGCUGCAGGAUUCUUAUGGUUGAACACUUUAGGAAUGCUGGCCAAUCAGGGCAUUGACGUUGUGAUACGACACUCAUUUUUUGACCAUGGAUACAAUCACCUUGUGGACCAGAAUUUCAACCCAUUACCAGACUACUGGCUCUCUCUCCUUUACAAGCGCCUGAUUGGCCCCAAAGUCUUGGCUGUGCAUGUGGCUGGGCUCCAACGGAAGCCACGGCCAGGCCGAGUGAUCCGGGACAAACUAAGGAUUUAUGCUCACUGCACAAACCACCACAACCACAACUAUGUUCGAGGGUCCAUUACACUUUUUAUCAUCAACCUGCACCGAUCAAGAAAGAAAAUCAAACUGGCCGGGACCCUCAGGGACAAGCUCGUGCACCAGUAUCUACUGCAGCCCUAUGGACAGGAGGGCCUGAAGUCCAAGUCAGUGCAGCUGAAUGGCCAGCCCUUAGUGAUGGUGGAUGAUGGGACCCUCCCAGAACUGAAGCCCCGCCCCCUGCGGGCCGGCCGGACAUUGGUCAUCCCUCCAGUUACCAUGGGCUUUUAUGUGGUCAAGAAUGUCAACGCUUUGGCCUGCCGCUACCGAUAAAACACCCUCACAGUCACAAGCUACCAGCAGGCCUGCUGAACUGCUUUCCACUCUCCUGCCCUAAUAGUGUCCUUAUUUUUCAGACAUCUUCUUAGCAACAAACCAGUCUCUGCUGCCCAAUCCUGCUGGAAUCAGCACAGACUUGCUCUGCAAAGAGACAAAUGCCGUAGCAUGAGCUUAGCCUAGGUAGGCCACAUCCACCCCGAAGGAAAAUGUAGACAUCACCCGUACCUAUGUAAGGAUGAAGGUAUGUGUGUAGACCUGUAUGUAUCCAUGUACACGUACCAUGAAAACAAGCUGACGGCACGCUCCCAGGACCAAGGAAACAACUCUCCAUGAUCCUGGUCACAUAGCAAUAGAACUAUGGCUCUGAGCCUGUGAUGGCUGCCCUCUGCAGAAGAUGAGGAAAGAAAUAACCAGGUGGGCCUGAAAGAGCCCAGCCCUCUCCCAACUCCUUUCCUUGGCCUGUUCCCUUCUGUUGCCCUGGGUUUCCUACCACCUCUCUUCCCACAGGGGAACAAGUGGGUGGGUCAGCGCCGGCCUGCCGGGCGAGCUGUUUAUGUCAUUUCCUGGCUGAUGUAUGAGUGUGCGCAUCUGGGCUUCUGACAGUGGCAUCCAUCACUCGCUAUUCCUCUGGGAAACGGGUGCUUCCAAAGUAAAAUUGCAAUCAUACUCCAGAUUUUGUAAAAGGGUUCUACUCCUCUGUGAAUCCAGAUUCCCCUUGGGUCGGAAUGGGAGUCAGGUAACAAUAUUCAUGGAGUGGAGAACAAUGUGUUAGGCACCACAAAAAGCAAUCAUCAUCCGUCAUGUGUCUGGGAGGGAGAGAGUUUUAGUACGAAGAGAAAGCACGCUGAACCACCACAGACACAUGCACACAUGCACGCACACCCCCACUGAACAAGCAAGUAAUUAGACCUGCAUCAAAUCUGAGAGAAUCUUAAGAGCUUGUAGAGCAAGCCCUUCAUGGCUUGUUUGACCAAAACCAUAAAAAACUGUAUAAAUCAAAAGUCAUUGGAUCUAACCUUUCUGCCUCUUCCUAAGUAGCUGUGUGCCUCUCAAUGGCAUUUACUGGGCAGAAAUCUAAUCUGGUCAUGAAAGAUGACCAGGUCUGUGCUAUCCCGGACCAGCCAGUGUGAGCACAGAACAAAGUUUUCAGCUCACCACCUGGGGCAAGGGGGAAUCUGGAGGUGGAGGUCUGGUGGGGAACUGUGGGGUGGUGGGUGGGAAGCCCCUGGGUUGGGGAGGGGGAAGCAGACUGAUUUAAAGUUCAUGAUAAAGAACUUCUGUAUGAUUCAAGGGGUAAGACUCAAAUAAGCUGCCACUGAAAUGACCGUCUUUUUGCGGGUUUGAUUUUCUUUCUCAGGAUAAAGGACAUGAAUGGCGCUUUUUCAAAGGAGGAGAUAUUUGACAACGUCAGAGGGUUCCAAUUAAGAGAGCAGUCUGGUUUCUGCUGUUGAGAGAGGGUAGGAGAGGAGUGGAGGGGCAGGGUUGCUGAGGCCAGGGGCCAGGCGGAUGCCUAAGAUGCCCAAAGGGCUUAGGACAGGGCCAGGUCUGAGGUGAGACUUGGGAGGAAGAUUACACAAGGGAGGAAGUCCAGGAGACUCAGCUGGGAGAAGCGGGCAUUUGGGAGAGGGAAGCCCACGGGCGCAUUCUAUUAGGCACGAGGCAGAGAGUGGACUCGGUUUUGAGGUGUUUGUCAGCAGGUGUGGGAGGACGACAACACAGGAGGUUGGUGCCACCGCCAGCACAAAGGGGGGCCAAGGACUGGGCUGGACCCGGUCAGCGGGUGUGCUCUGCCUGGAAGCAAUGGGGGCCUCCUCUUCUCGGGAAGCAGGCACCUUCUGCCAAAGGCUCAGCUCUGUGAGGGGAGGAGAGAGAAGUGCCAAGAUCCGGGAUAGAAAGCAGGGAAAGUAGAGUCAGAGGACAGCCCAAGUGAGGAAGAGAGAGGAAAAGAGACAAAUAAGUUGUUUCUCCAAGCUUUAAAAAAAUGUGUGCAGAUAUCAAAACCUCUUCUAUGUGCCGUACAGGCAUAGCUGCAAGCGCCUGCUGAUGACGCGAGUAAGUGGCUGUCUCUGCGGGCCUGGGCCUGGGCCUGGCUAGUUUGCUUUACGAACAUAGUAGCCCCCUGAAGGAGUCACCAGUUUCACCCCCACCUUCCUGUGAGCACAGAGACGUUCAUAGCCUACCUGGGGCCACCCAGGGGAGUGGAUUGCUGAGCUCAGAAUAAUCCAGAGCCUGCUCAUUUAACCAGCAGGCCCAGGGGUCGCCCGCCUCACAGCCUCACUCCCUUACCUUUCCACAGGUCCUGCUAAUUCACUGCAGCAAACCUCCAGAGCUCUGUGCAAGCACAGUCUGUGUAAAUAGUGCUGGUUCUUCACUAAGCUCCUAAGCUUGCAGAAUACAGGCAAUUUCUGCUUCUUUUAUCUUUCUCUGUGUAUUAAAUGCUCCCAAGAGGUUUAAGUUUUGUUUUUUGGGUUUUUUUGGGUGUUUUUUUUUUGUUUUGGUUUUUAUUUUUUUUUAGUUAAUAAAGGGAUAAGGGAAUCACUGAAAUGUAUCUUUGAGAUCCUGCAAUUCUAACUUUGCAACUGUCUCAUGGAAGAAGUAUUUGCAUUAUUCAAAGGAUACUGAGAAACUCACAAUAACAUCACAUUCUGCAAGGAUUUCGGUACAGGGCAUCUGUCCUGGCUUUUUCAUUUUGGAGUGGAACAUGAUUACUAAAUCAGUAGGGAUCACUUCUUAUAAGGGAUUCCCCGAUCACACUCCCCCCCCCCCACAAAAAAAAAAAAAAAACAGCCCGUGGCAAAACUCAGCAUCACAGUGCACAUUAGGGGAGCAGGCUUGCCAGGCUGGGCCCUGGAACAAGAGAGUUCAGCCACCAGCCUUCCAGAUCAGAUUUUUCCUCCUAAAACAAGACAUGGCCGAGAUCAUCUAAGACUUUAGAACCACUUUACUUUAAACUGAAGAAUGGCCUUGCAGAAAUGCUUAUUUGAAAGCAUAAUAAAAGUAUAAUGAGAAGUCUGUGCCUUUUAUUGAAACGAUUUUCUGCUCUUCCUGCCUCUAGGAAUGAUUUUCUUUCUCCUUUCUUAUCACAAAGGCUCAGAACAAAUUCUCAUUGUUAUUUGAAGAAAGAGUCUCAAUUCUUCUACUACCCUGAAAAAGCUGCAACUGUGGGAUAUUAGCUUAUCUUUGGCUGGAGAAACGCUUGAAAAUCCCAAAACUGGGCUACAAUGAGACUAAGUAAGGCCCAGCACUCCCAGAACCGCAAUUCCCAGUGGCCCACUUGCCUUUGUAGCCCCAGCCCUUCCCCAGUAGUUGUCCAGUCCCCGGGCAGAUGGGUCCAAGCCAUGUACCCUCCAGAAUGGCAGAGGUCAUUGGUGGAUUCCAUCUGAAAGGCCCCCGCUGGCCUUUAGCACUAGGAGUUGCUGAGGCCUCCUGAGGUGGGAGUGGGAAGGGCCCCGCAGGGUUGUGACCUGCUGAGCUGCCCAGUGCUCCAGGCCAUGCCCAGCCUCUGCAGGUGUGCUCUGCCCUUGCACUCCAGGCCCCUGUGUCUGAGAGGGAUGCGGCUGCUGGAUUCCCCUUGGAAAUCCGCUGAGAACAGUUUUAUUUCGGAAAACAAGAGGGCAGUGUUUAAAUCCAGCAGAAGCAAAGGUGAACUAGGUGGAUACCGCUGGCAGUAAAAACACCAGGACAGAAGAGGACUUUAAAAAUGUGAAGCAUCAAGAGAGCAGCCAAAAAUAAUAGACAUCUGGCUUGGAGAAGGCAAGGGAAGAAUACAUAAACAUUUAUGUAACAAGGCUCCUCCACUAUCCCUUCUCUCCAACCUCAGUGCCCCUGCCCCAGCCUGGACACUGCUCAUUGCUUUUCCACUAACUUCUCUCCAGUUCCAUGGCCUUCCCUCUGCCACGGACGCCCAACCCAGAGCGCAGGGAAAUCUGCUGUACUGAGAGGGAAUUAAAUCUUGAUUGUAGAAUUGUUUGCAAUCUUUUCUUGGGAUGUGCCAGAAUUGCAAAUAAGACAGUAAACGGCACUCACAGAUAAACAGUUUUUAUAAAGCCCAAACAAUUGGAGUUUUAUAAUCACUGCUCCUGAGUUCCACUAACAGAGACACAGAAGCUUCUGUAACUACCUUCCCGGGCCCAGUCCCGGGUGGUGACUGGGGAAGACCAGAGAAGUGAUUUGUCCAAGGCCAUCUAGAUAAGCAGAGUCAGAAUCAGAUAUCGAACCCACAUCUAUUGAACUCCAAAGCCUGCUCUCACUGCAUUGUGCUCUCUCUAAUUGGACUGGUGGUGGCCACCUUUUUCUCACCUCCAAAUUGCCCACAGCUAGCUUUCUUACCGGCCUGUGUGUGUCUACAGAGAACCCUAGCAGUGCCUUCGCCCAGAACAGCUGGUGUCAAGUAUGGGAAAGCCAACUCGCAGUUCUGAUGAGUAGUGAGUAGGGCUGUGAGCAGCCUGUGCUGUAAAUGGAAUAUGUUUUUCUGUAGAAUAAAGGACCAGUCUUACCACCACCACCCACCACAGGUGAUGAUUCCUGAUAUUUCUAAGUCCUGGAGGUGAGUGGCAGAGCCAGUCAGCACCCACACAUGCACUGCCUCUGAGAUCAUUGCUCCUCCUGCCCCA